UACGUCAAAGGUCACACGAAAUAUUUUUUUUAUAACGAACUCGUUUGAAAGUGUUCAUUCGCAGAUGGCAUGGACCACGGACAAAUUUCAGUAGAAAAUAAGAAAAGUCCUCCUAUCAAAGUUCUUUCCAGCCAACUCCGAGAGGGAAAAGAUAACCGAUUGAAUGGCAAGCUCGAAUUUAAUAUAAAAAGACUGGGACAAUGGAAAAACACUGCACUUGUAGUCUCUGUGGUUUGGAUGCAAGGGACAAUACUGGAAGUUCGGUCGGAUCACAACACGGUGCUUCUUUUGGACGAGACAGGGASAUUCGUUGUCAAUGGCGUCAACAACAUUCCUAAAGGCAACCCAUGCCUACUUCAGGGYAACUAUGUAAUGGUGAUGGGAAUGAUCCAGGCACUCUMUCCAGAACCUGUCCUGCGCGCGGUAAAGAUGGCAGACCUCUCUGAACGCGCUGCGAUUCACAGAAGAAUGUGGAAGUUGGAGGUGGAAGACCUUCAGCAAACGCUCACGUAGAAAGAAGCCUAAGCAGCAUGUUGCUAUCAAUGCCUGUUUGUUUUCAUUCAUUAUUUUUUGCAAAAUGUAAAUACUGCUACUGGUUUUGAGCGGUUUCAGGCCUGUCUGAUAUUUCAUUGGCAAAGGUAAUGGAUCAUAGCAUAGAAGUACGUGCCCAACACCGUUUAUGAUAGAAAGUGCAUUAUAUGCAUAUAUUAUAGCCUAACACGGUCUAUGAUAGGCUAUCAUUAAGCAAUAAAGCACGAGGGGGUGUGGUAUAUGGCCAAUAUACCAUGGCUAAGGGCUGUUUUGUCAGCCAAUCAGCAUUCAGGGCUCGAAUGUUUAUAAUAUAUGCAUAUAAUACACUAAACAUGUCAUAAGCGCUGGAAGAGUGGGUAUGAUGGAAAAAAAAAAGCUAGUCCAGGCAAGAAAGCACAAACAAAAGACAAAUAAUGAACAAUGAUCUAAUUUGGUGGUAAAAUGAUCUCAUUUAUUUGUGCUUAUGUCAUGCAUACACAUUGAAAAAGUGCCAUUAAGUGAAUUCUACAGAAGCACACAAUUGUAUGUGUUGAAUGAAAAUAAACAAAUCAGUAA